AUGUUUGAGUUUACUCAUGUAGAUGAUGAUUGUGAUUUGAGUCUUCAAGAGAUUUGGAGAAAGCUUGUGGAAAAUGCUUCAAAGUUUCUGAAUGAUAAGGUCACGAAAGCUGUUAUAAUAGUUUCUGCUUAUUUCAAUGAUUCUCAUAGAACAACAACAAAAGAUGCAUGUUGCAUUGCUUAUGGUUUUGUUGUUUCAGUUCUUGAAGUUGGCGAUGGAGUUUUUGAGGUGCUUUCUACUUCUAAAGGUACACAUCUUGGUGGUGAUGAUUUUGAUAAGAGAAUAGUUGAUUGGAAUGCUGCAAGCUUCAAGAAAUAUGAAGGCAUAGAUGAAUUAAAGGACAAGCAAGCCCUGCAGUGGUUGACUGAGAUAAUUGAAAAGGCUAAGAUGGAACUUUCAACUUUGACACAUGCAAGUAUCAAGUACAUGAAUCAUUUAAAAAAGUUUUUAGUUGUUCUUACUUUCUAG